AUGAGUGCUGAAUCGAAGACUUUGCCACAGUCAAACUUUAGGCGUGCUCAGGGCUCACAAUUUACUGCUGGCUCGAAAUCCCGAAAGCAAGCUAGAAACCGGCCAUCAGAGGGUAAGAAAUCCCAUGAAGGUGGCGAUGGAGUCGAUGAAGACGGUGAUCUUUGCUUAAUAUGUGCCGACAAACUGACUUACGUUGCCUUGUCAGCCUGUUCCCACAAGACUUGUUAUAGAUGCGCAUUCAGACAACGUGCACUCUACGAGAAGAAAACCUGUCUCAUUUGUAGAACUGAGAACGAUAGCCUGACAUUUACGGAUCAGCUUGACAAAGAGUUUGUGGAUAUCAAGGUUUUUACUGACCACGAUGAGAAAUAUGGGAUAAACUUCACCAGCCAUGAGAUAGCGGAGACCACGUUGGGACUGUUAAAAUACUAUUGCUCUCUUUGUCCGCAAGGGGAGAGGGAAGAUUUUGGAAGCUUCAAGAAGUAUAACGAGCAUUUGAGAGUGAAGCAUAGCAAGAACAUUUGUAUGAUCUGUGCGUCACAUAAGCACGCGUUCCCCACGGAAUUGAAGAUCUAUACUCCUAACCAGCUGCGCAAUCACCAAUCCAAGGGCGACUCUAAAGGGUUCAAAGGCCAUCCUAUGUGUGCUUUUUGCUCUGGGAAAAGAUUCUAUUCGGAUGACGAACUGUAUUUGCACAUGAGACAUCAGCAUGAGAAGUGCCACAUUUGUGAUAGAAUCGAUCCAUCCUCACCGCAGUAUUUUAGGGACUACGAUCAGCUGUUUGACCAUUUUAAGAACUGUCAUUACAUUUGCACGGUGCAAACAUGCCUGGAUAACAAGUUCGUGGUCUUUGCAGACGAGCUGGAGCUACAGGCCCACAUUCUGAAAGAACAUGGUGACAUUAUUAGAGGUAAACCUAGACUUUUUCAAUCAGAGCUGUCCACGUUUAUGUCUGCACCUUCUCGGGUUAUUACUGAAAACAAUACGCUCAAUAAUGGCUUUUCUUCGGCUUCAUCAGUUUCUUCGAGAAGAAGUUCACCAGCAGUUCCAAACGAAGGCGUGCGAGAGAAGAAAUUGAGACUGGAAGAACGAGCCAAGUACUAUCUUGGCAACUCCCAAUCAGAAUUUGAGACUUUCGAAAGGUUCAAUGAAGAUUAUGAUAAAAAUCGUCUAAGCGCUCGUGGUCUUUUCGACGCAUACAAACGUCUGUUUAGCUCGCCAGAAGCCGAUGUCUACCUGUUAGUUCAUAACCUUGCCGAGACGUAUUCUCCUAAUACAUCAAAAUUCAAGGAGCUGAAUAGCAUUUACGAAGCCCAUGAGGCCCGAAAUGCAAGAAAGAAUGAGCUGCCUAGUUUAUCAAGAGAUCCUUCCUCUUCUACAAAUAUAGUGAACGGCGUUUGGAGUGCGAAUAACAACUCUGUGUCAACGAGUCACGGCAGAAAUGUUAACACAAUGAAUCUACCCACUUUAAAAUCGCCCCCAGCGAAUCAUGACCCAUUCUCUCUUCCUUAUAGAACGCACUCAUACAAAAAUCUGAGCACGCCAAAGAGAAGUUCACCACUUCCCGUGGUGAAGAAGGCCCCUGCAGACAGUUCAGUUGUGGUCACCCCAAAAUAUUUGGAAAACAGGCAAAAAUCCUCCUCCAGUUCGUCGUUAUCGAGCGGUAGUGCAAAUAAACUGGCAGGCUUAGAUUUACCAAGCUUACCGACUCCCAAACCAAAGGUAUACAUACCGCCUGUCAAUAGACCAAAUCUACCAGAUCCAAAGAAAUGGGGCCAAAAACCAGAAAAAUCUCUUGAUGCUGCUGACAGCGCUUCAGAACUCAACACGGGCUCAUCGUCUACCAAGAAGAAAGGAAAACAGAAGCAAUUGCUGUUCCACAUAGGUAUUUAG